CGUUGGUUGUUUGCAUUCGAACUGCACUUCCCAGUAGGCCCUGGGGUUAGAGUGGCCGUAGCUGGAGUGGUGCCAGCCCGUCAUAGAUGACCGGAGCCAGCCUCCUGCCUUCCGCCUUCGAGGCAGAGCCACAGAGAGACCGGCUGCAGCCGUCCUGGCCUCCCUCUGGCCCUGAGAGCUCCCCUGGCUUGCCUCAAGCCUCGCCUUCUCAGACUUCGCGCUCCGAACGGGGAGACCAGGCUUCUGCACCGGAAACAAAGCACCGGUUGUGACGUCACAGCUGCAGAGCGCCCGGCCUCCCAGAAGGCACUGCGUCCCUGGCGUCCUCAACUGGCGGCGGCGCGCACAAAUGGUCGCCGCGGCUUGUGAGGGCGCUCGGAAGGGUGAGGGGAGGGCUUGGCCAAUCGCACCUUGUUUUCCUGUCUCCCCCGGAGCCUGAGUCUCUGAGCCGUCCCCAGCGAACGCUCAGGGGCUGCAGAGGCCCCGAGAGCUUGGCUCUCUAGCAGAUUUCUUCCAGUAAGAGGUAGCUCUGGAGGCCCCCAGAAACGAGUGGUGUGUGUUUGCAAGGCAUGAUGACUGCAAAAGUGGUUCCUAUGCCCCCAAAGCCAAAGCGGUCAUUUAUACUGAGAGUUCCACCAGACUCCAAGCUGGGCCAAGACCUACGUCGGGAUGCCACUAAUGGGCCCAAGACCAUCCACCAGCUAGUGCUGGAGCACUUCCUCACCUUCUUGCCCAAGCCAAGCCUGGUCCAGCCCAGUCAGAAAGUCAAGGAGACCUUGGUUAUUAUGAAAGAUGUGAGCUCAAGACUUCAGAACAGAGUGCAUCCUCGUCCCUUGGUGAAGCUUCUGCCCAAAGGAAUCCAACAAAAACAAGAGACAGUGUCUCUGUGUUUGAAAGCUAACCCUGAGGUGGGUUUGGUUUUCCCAAGAUGGCUAUGUCAUGAGAAACCUGAUUUGUUUUUUCAUGCCUGGUGUUAUCAUACCCCUCAGAAGUUACUAAAUUUUUUCUUUGUUUCAAUAGUCAAUGGCAGUAAUCCUGAAGGUGAAGAUUCUGAGAAGGAAUCUAUAGAAAAUGAAGAUUAUAGAGCAAAGUCUUCAGAUGAUGAUGAAAUGGAUUCUUCAUUGGUCUCUCAGCAGCCUCUAGAUAACCAGGAAAAGGAAAGACUAAAUACAUUCAUUCAACAGAAAAGGAAAAUGAGAAAUCUGUUAGUUACCAUUGAGAAUGAUACUCCCUUAGAGGAACUCUCAAAAUAUGUAGAUGUCAGUAUUAUUGCACUUACUCGAAAUCGGAGGACAAGGAGAUGGUACACUUGUCCACUGUGUGGGAAACAGUUUAAUGAAAGUUCUUAUCUUAUUUCCCACCAGAGGACUCACACUGGAGAAAAACCCUAUGACUGUAGUCACUGUGGGAAAAGCUUCAAUCAUAAAACAAAUCUCAAUAAACAUGAACGGAUUCAUACAGGAGAGAAACCUUAUUCCUGUUCUCAUUGUGGGAAAAAUUUUCGUCAGAAUUCUCAUCGGAGUCGUCACGAAGGAAUCCAUAUAAGGGAGAAGAUAUUUAAGUGUCCAGAAUGUGGGAAAACCUUCCCAAAGAAUGAGGAAUUUUUGCUUCAUCUGCAGAGUCAUGAGGCUGAGAGACCGUAUGGUUGCAAAAAAUGUGGGAGAAGAUUUGGUCGGCUGUCAAACUGUACCCGGCAUGAGAAAAUCCACUCAGCCUGUAAGACCCAAAAGCAGAAGUAAUAUUGGGAAAGGUUUGAUGGUGCUUCCUCAACCUGAGAGCUUUCAUAAUGCAUUCUGAAUUCCCAAGCUGCCUAAAAAGAUACAAAUAUGUAGGCUGGGCUCUGUGGCUCACACCUGUAAUCCCAGCACUUUGGGAGGCCGAGAUGGGUGAAUUACAAAGUUAGGAAUUUGAGACCAGCCUGACCAACAAGUUGAA